UUAUUUCAUUUCGAUCGAGCUCUCUUUUUCCCUCUCUUUUUCUCUGAACAGCGCUCUCUUUCCCUCUCUUUCUCUCUUACUUCCUCCUCAACCUAACCCUUACAUCUCUCUCACCUAGCCAAAGAAUCCCUAACCUCCUUCUACUGUGUUUGUGUUUACCCCAAACCUUCGUUGGUUGGUUGAAGAAACAGAGAACGUUUCUGCAGCUACACUACAUAAGCGCUCCAUUUGACUUCACCCACCGAACAACCCACUUUUCCACCCCUUCAUCACUAAUCCCUAUCAGGAGCAGAAGUUGGGAUAAGGCAACCCAACGAUAUUGUCCCAAAGUCAAGUAAUAACGAAAUUAAUGGAUCGGGAUUUGAGCCACAAAACCAUCAAUAUACUUACGCUGAAGUAAUGAGAAUUACCAACAACUUUGAGAAAGUUAUUGGAAAAGGAGGAUUUGGAACUGUUUAUCAUGGCUUCUUAAACAACACUCAAGUGGCAGUCAAGAUGCUCUCGGAGUCAUCAGCUCAGGGCUACAAGGAGCUUCAAGCCGAGCUUUUCAAUUGUGGUAGUAUCUUUUGAAGAAAUUGUUUGAACGCUAGCUUGGAAUUGUUUCGAAAUGGAUAGAGAUUGGAUGAGUGCGAAUAGGUUAACGGUAAAAUAUAGGGAAGGUGUUGACUUCUUUUUGGAGUUUUCUGCAAAGAAUGCGGAUAAUCCUGAUUUGGUUCAUUGCCCAUGUCUCAAAUGUGGUAACAUGGAGCGUAUGAAAAUUGCCCAAAUAAGAGAACAUUUGUUUAAGAACGGUAUAGACAGGAGUUAUAAGGUUUGGUAUCACCACGGAGAAAAAAUUAGAAGAUCGGGCGAGGGACCCUCUAGAAAGGAUAAGAUUGUUAAUAAUGUGGAGUAUGAAGAUGAUCACAUCGCAGAGAUGAUUAACGAAGCAGAGUUUGAAUCUCAAGUUCGUCCUGAAACAUUUCAAACUAUGUUAGAAGAUGCUGAAAAGCCGAUUUACCCUAAUUGUACUAGGUUUACUAAAUUAUCGACGCUUAUUAGGCUAUACAAUUUGAAAGCAAAACACGGGUGGAGUGAUAAGAGUUUGACAGAGUUACUAGCUUUCUUAGGAGAAUUAUUACCCGAAGGUAAUGAGGUGCCUUUGUCUUUCUAUGAGGCAAAAAAGACAUUGUGUUCGUUAGGCUUGCAAUAUGAAAAGAUACAUGCAUGUCCUAACGAUUGCAUCCUAUAUCGAAAGAGAUUUGUGGAUGAGGUAUCAUGUCCAACGUGCGGUGAGUCCAGGUGGCAAAAGAAAAAGAAUUCUAAUGAGGUAAAGAAGGGUGUUCCUGCAAAAGUAUUGUGGUACUUACCACCCAUACCUCGUUUGGUUCGGUUUUUUCGAAAUGCCGACCAUGCUAAAAAUUUGACUUGGCAUGCCAGUGAUAGAGUGAAAGAUGGUAUGAUGAGACAUCCAGCUGACUCUCCCGCUUGGAAAACAAUUGAUGCUAGAUGGCCUGAUUUUGCCAAUGAGCCUAGGAAUAUCCGUCUUGGUCUCUCUGCAGACGGUAUCAAUCCACAUACUUCCCUUAGCAGUAAGUAUAGUUGUUGGCCAAUCUUGCUUGUGAUAUAUAAUUUGCCGCCGUGGCUUGUUAUGAAGAGAAAGUUCACUAUGUUGACAUUGAUGAUAUCAGGCCCUUCACAACUCGGCAAUGAUAUUGAUGUAUACUUAGCUCCUCUUAUUGAUGAUUUAAGUAAAUUGUGGUAUGACGGUGUUAAUGCAUAUGAUGCCUAUAGGAAUGAAGCAUUCAAUCUUAGGGCCAUGUUAUUGUGGACAAUCAAUGAUUUUCCUGCUUUCGGGAAUCUUUCGGCUACGGUGUGA